AUGGCGGCGGGAGGGCGGUACCGACCGCCUGACAGCAGCCUGCACGCCCGCUUCGGCGAUGCUACAGUUUUGGAGGAGCUCGCCAGUCUCGGCCGGACGCCCGGCCGCAGAGGGGCCCCGCAGCCCCCGUGCUCAGACCCCCGGCGACGUGUUUUGAUUGCGGUGGACUUCCCCUCGACAGGCGCGCUGGCGGGCUUCGACCAGCUCACCGUCUCGGUCGACCUGUCUGUGCUAGACGUGCACGAGCGCGCCGUGUGCGCACUCUCUCAGGACCCGACUGGCUCUGACCUCACCGUCUCGGCCGACCUGUCUGUGCGGGACGUGCACGAGUCCGCCGUGUGCGCACUCUCUCAGGACCUGACUGGCUCUGACGUCGAGCUCCUUCCCGCCUCGCCAGCCCCGACCAAGGCCCCAUGCACGGGCAGCGGGCAGACCAGCAGCGGGCGCGAGCUGCACGAACCACCCCCCACGGGUGCCCUUCCAGGAGUGACGCUCAUCCCCGCGAUUCUCCACACCAGGGACACCAGGUUUCUGCCGACUGCCCAGCCGCCCCAGGUAUGGUGCGAGGACUGCUCGCGAGGUCCUCACAGUCACGGCCCCGAGGCUGGUGCCUGGGUCAACCCGCAGAUCCGCAAGACCCCAGCAGUCAGCCACAGGAGCGCAUACAAGCAGGGGAUCGACUCCCGGUUGAUCUGCAUCAACUGCUGGAUGGCCGCGGGGAUAUUCCAGAGGAUCCUGAAAAGGUCCCGCGAGGGCCGCGAGGGCCGGCCCCGGGGCCGCGACCGAGCGUCCCCGCGAGGACCCGACCGCAGGAAGUUUCGAUUCCUCGGCCUUGGGCGGGGCCGCAAAGCUGGCCAUGGCCCGACGCCGCCAGCGGCCACGAGGCAGCUUCAUGCCCGCGCUCGGCAGGGAGAGUCGCCCGGUUCCAGAGGAGCCCGCCGCGGCCACGAGGGCGGCAGGCGGAGCUGCCGCGGGGGGCGCCCGGGGCGGCCAGGCUUCGGGCACAAGGGCCGCGGUGGCGUCGGCGGUGGCGGACGUGGAAGAGACCGAGGCCGCUGCCGAGGCGGAGCUGGAGAAGCUGAUGGUGAGGAAACUCCGGCGCCGGAGUCUGGAGGGGGCAGCCGGCGGCGCGGAGCUGGAGGCCGACGCCAUUGCGGACACCGACGCAGAUGCGGAUGCCGCGUCCGAUUCGGACAAGGCCCGCGCCGACGCACCGCUGCCCGGAGCGGCCCCGAAGGCCAGACUGCGCAAGCCAGAGCCGCCUGGCGGGCACUCGCAGAGCCCUGGGGCGGAGCAAGGAGCUCGGGGGCGCCCGCCAGGCGCCGCGCGAGCAGGCGGCGGCGGCGGCGGCGAGCGGACUCCGCCGCGGAGGGCGCGCGGAGGGCCGCCGAGGAGGCGCAGCACGCUCGCCGCCACGCGCCGGGGGCCGUGGACGACGCAGACGAGGAGUUGCCGCGGCUGGCCGAACACAUGCGUUGCGGCACUUUCUCUGGGCAGCUGGAGAAGUGGGAAGAUUGUGCCUUCUCGCUCAAGCGAGGCGUCCGUGUGCAGCACACCGACGUCUACAAGGCCGUGGCCGAGACUGCCCCCGACGACGUCGGCGAAGAGGCCGUGUUUCCAGAGGAGCUCGGGUCUCGGAUUGACGGGCUCUUCGAUGUCUUGUGCCAGCGCUGCAUCGCAGAGACCCUGGGCAUUAUUAAGACGGCGGGCUGCAUGACGGGCAUCGAGGCUUGUCAGAAGCUGCAUCGCAGGUGCAACCGACGAACCAUGGCCCGUGGCGUUCGUCUGCUUGGCCAGAUCGUCAAGCCCGGCAGGGUCCAGAUCUACAUAUACAGACGCGUCGAGAAGGACACGAAGUACGACGAGUUCAAGGGCAAGAUCCAGGCCAUGGUCGGCAACAAAAUACUUCCACGGUAG